AUAGUCAGCAUCACUAUGGCGGAAGCAGAGGAGAAGGGGCUCAGGUCUAACGAAGAAUCUUCAGAUGAGUCCGAGGAAGAUGACAGUGAAGAAGAGCCAAAGCUGAAGUAUGAAAGGCUUUCUAAUGGGAUUACAGAAAUUCUUCUAAAAGAUGUUGCCAGUUGCAUGACAGUACAUGAGAAGUUUUUGGCGCUUGGAACACAUUAUGGCAAAGUUUAUUUACUUGAUGUCCAGGGGAAUAUCACCCAAAAGUUUGAGAUUAGUCCAGUUAAAAUCAAUCAGAUUAGCCUGGAUGAAAGUGGAGAGCACAUGGGUGUAUGUUCUGAAGAUGGCAAGGUACAGGUGUUUGGAUUGUACACAGGGGAAGAAUUCCACGAAACAUUUGACUGCCCAAUUAAAAUUGUUGCUGUUCACCCUCAGUUUCUGAGAUCGCAUUGCAAGCAGUUCGUAACUGGAGGGAAAAAAUUGUUGUUAUAUGAAAGAACGUGGAUGAACAGAUGGAAACCUUCAGUUUUACACGAAGGAGAAGGAAACAUAAGAAAUGUUAAAUGGAGAGGAAACCUGAUUGCUUGGGCCAACAAUAUGGGCGUGAAGAUACUCGACGUGAUUGCCAAGCAAAGAAUCACCAACGUGCCCCGAGACGAUAUAAGCCUUCGUCCUGAUAUGUAUCCCUGCAGCCUUUGCUGGAAAGAUAAUUUAACACUGAUUAUUGGCUGGGGAAAUUCAGUAAAGAUAUGCUCCGUAAAAGAACGACAUGCCAGUGAAAUGCGAGACCUGCCUAGUCGUUAUGUGGAAAUAGUGUCCCAGUUCAACACCGAAUUUUACAUCAGUGGAGUUGCGCCUCUCUGUGACCAGCUUGUCAUACUUUCAUAUGUAAAGGAGUUUUCUGAGAAAACUGAAACAGAAUGUUGUGCCAGACCUAGGCUUGAUAUAAUUCAGCCAUUUCCUGAAUCUUGCGAAGAAAUUUCUUCCGAUGCACUCACAGUGAGACGCUUCCAAGAAAAUGAAUGCCGAGAUUAUUGUUUAGAGUAUUCAGAAGGUGAAUCACUUUUUUACAUUAUCAGUCCAAGAGAUGUUGUUGUGGCCAAAGAGCGAGACCAAGAUGACCAUAUUGAAUGGCUCUUAGAAAAGAAGAAAUAUGAGGAGGCUUUGAUGGCUGCUGAGAUCAGUCAGAAGACCAUUAAAAAACACAAGAUUCAGGACAUAGGUUUAGCCUACAUAAAUCAUCUAAUGGAAAUUGGAGAUUAUGACCUGGCAGCACGAAAAUGCCAGAAAAUACUUGGCAAGAACACAGAUCUAUGGGAAUUUGAAGUACAUAGGUUUAAAGAAAUUGGACAACUAAAGGCAAUUAGUCGCUAUUUGCCAAGACGCGAUUCAGUCCUGAAGCCGUUCAUCUAUGAAAUGGUCCUGCAUGAAUUUUUGGAGAGCGACUAUGAGGGUUUUGCAACAUUAAUUAAAGAAUGGCCUGGAAAUCUCUAUAACAAUGCAAUAAUUGUCCAAGCAGUAGUGGAUCACCUGAAGAAAGAUCCACAGAACAGGACUUUGCUGAAAACACUUGCAGAGUUGUACACCUAUGACCAACGCUACAGAAAGGCCCUUGAAAUUUACCUCACACUGAGACAUAAAGAUGUUUUCCAGCUGAUCCACAAACACAAUCUUUUCAGCUCCAUCAGGGACAAAAUUGUUCUGCUAAUGGAGUUUGAUUCAGAGAAAGCAGUUGACAUGCUCUUGGAUAAUGAAGAUAAAAUAUCUAUUGAUAAAGUUGUGGAAGAAUUAGACAACAGGCCUGAAUUGCAGCAUGUGUAUUUGCAUAAACUGUUCAAGAGAGACCAUCACAAAGGACAAAAGUAUCACGAGAAACAAAUCAGCCUCUAUGCUGAAUACGACCGGCCAAACUUACUUCCAUUUCUCAGAGACAGCACCCACUGCCCUUUAGAAAAGGCUCUUGAAAUCUGCCAACAAAGAAAUUUUGUCGAAGAGACAGUUUAUCUUUUGAGCAGAAUGGGCAAUAGCCGAAGCGCUCUGAAGAUGAUCAUGGAAGAAUUGUAUGAUGUAGACAAGGCUAUUGAGUUUGCUAAGGAGCAAGAUGAUGCAGAACUUUGGGAAGACCUCAUCUUAUAUUCCAUUGACAAACCACCUUUUAUUACUGGAUUGUUAAAUAAUAUUGGGACCCACGUUGACCCUAUCCUUCUGAUCCAUCGCAUUAAGGAAGGCAUGGAGAUUCCAAACCUGAGAGAUUCAUUGGUAAAAAUUCUCCAGGAUUACAAUUUACAGAUUUUGCUCCGGGAAGGGUGCAAGAAGAUUCUUGUUGCUGACUCACUCUCCUUGUUGAAAAAGAUGCAUCGUACACAAAUGAGAGGGGUCCUUGUGGACGAGGAGAAUAUCUGUGAAACAUGCCUUGCCCCUAUACUGCCUACAGAUGCAUCUAAAUCUUUCAGUAUAACAGUGUUUCACUGCAGGCAUAUGUUCCACAAAGAGUGUUUCCCUGAACCUAGCACAGAGUCUUCAAUGCAUUUCUGCAACAUCUGUAGUGCUAAACACCGAGGACCAGGCAGUGCUAUCUUGGAGAUGAAAAAAUAAUAUUCUCUGGCAUGUUGACAGCUUAUACCCCUCUGCGUGACUGCUUUCACUUGGCUCACGGCAGCCGUGCUUCAUUGUUAAUGCUCGUUAAGCAUUGUGUAUAUAUUUAACUUUGGUUGUGGAUGUGGUAAGGAGGAAUCUUUAAAUCAUGCAGCUCAUUGCAAUUUCCUCUACGCCUUUAAAGUGCUAAAAAAGACAAAGAAAGCAAUCUAAUGUUCCCUGGAAGACUGUUGUGCUGUUAAGAUAUGGUCACCCGUAUGCUCGGCUGAAUCUGUAUUAAUUAAUGAAAAGUAAACCUAACUGGAAAAUU